AUGAAGGCCACCGGGACAGACCAAGCAGUGGGACUUGGCUUCAUGGCUUUUAGCCAGUCCAUUUUUACCUCCUACACCAUUUGGGUAAUUCUUUCGGCAUUCAUUGACAGCCAGCGUGUCAUCCACAAGUACUUCCUGCCCCGAGCCUCUGCUGUGCUCAUCCCAUUAUUCCUGCUGCUCCCGUUUGUGGGAUUGUUCAUCAUGUGUGUGAUGCUGAAGAGCCAGAGGGUGACCAAGAAGGUCCAAUGA